GCAAUCGACAUGAAUUGAAUAUUAGUGUCGGCUGAGCUGGGGAGCUUCCGGAGUACAGAGAGAACUAAGCUGGAUGUUGGCUGGAUCUAAGUCAGUGUUGUGCUUGGAGACUUAAGCUUCGGAGCUCUUGUUCGACUCAGCUUUGGUCUAUGCACUGGAGCUCUGGUAGGUGAUACCACUAAUUUCUAGUUUGCAUCUACAAUUCAUAACCCCGUGCUGCUCAUGGCGAUUUUGACCUUGCCAACAAUACCACCAAAGGAGGUGUUCUUUGGUAUUCUAGACGUCUGAGAAUACGAGCUAAGUAUUUUUCUUGCCUGUGUUCAUCAGAUUGCCACAAGUAAGAGACAUCAUUUUGAAAUUCUACAUGUCCUUUUAACUUCACGGGCUUUUCCUGGAAAAUAAAAUAGAAUAAAAGGACAUAGAUUAAAAAGAUAAAUACUCAUUCCAAAUUGAUCGGUAAUUGAAAGAUCAAUAAGUCAACCUAAAGGCCCUUCAUACUCUUUGUGAAUACUUUACAUAAAGUCAAAACUCCGUAUCUUAACUACACAUAAUGAAGUUACUUUACACACAUUGUACUACGCAUCCAACACAGGCUUCUCCUCAGAUGCCUUGGCUGGAAUCAUAGCAUCGAUGCUCAUGGGCACAACUUCGCAACUCUUAAUCUGAUUGGUCGGUGGAGAACUAUGUUUUCAAAUUGCAAUGUUAUAUGGCACGCUUUAACCCGAAUACAUGUGGAAUGGUUACCUUCACAAGACAGAAGCACCGUUUGACGCCGACCCACAAACAUCAAAGUGCAAACCAGAAGCUGAGAAGCUUGAACGGAACUGCUGAUUGUAAUACCAAAGCCUGGUUUCAAAGUUCCUCUCUCGUUUUCAUUCCGUUGGGAUCAUCGCGCUCGUUCAAAGUAGCCCAGACGGGCGGACGUUCGUCUGUAUCUCGUCCAUGCCUACCCAUACGGUUUGCUUUGCGAGCUUUGUGCAGAGUGUGAAUGGCGAAAGUGGAGAGUCAUCCGCAAGGCUUGUGCCUUGCUCUGGAAAAGUCGCCACCUCCUCAUGCUAUCCUCGUCAAUCCAAUCCAUCGGAAUCUGGAUUUUUAGUAGCUUUUCCUGGACUGACGAGAUUUAGUGACUUCCUGCUAACCUGGUUCCGGAACGCUAUCCGUGUUCUUCGAGAAAGGAGCUUCUCGCCAUGUGCUAAUCUGCAGUGAGCGUCCACAAGUGUCGCUACAUUCAGAUGAGAUUCGUAUUUGUUUAUUUUGAAGACAACGAAUCAUCUCGCUGAGUAACAAGGCUUUGCAUCGAAGGUUACGAUCAGGUAAUUAAGAAGGAUACAAACUGUUAGGAGAGAUACAGUUGUGCAAAAUGCGGGUGGGCUGCAGAAUUUGUUUGAAAUCCUUUGGUCGUCACUUCUGGGAACUGUUCACCCCUCAGUGGAUAUGGUGCUACCAUACGUGAGGCUGCGAGGCCGCAGCCUGUUCGAUGUAAAUUCCUGGUGAAAAUCAAUGAAUGCCAGUCCUGUGGCCUCCAGAGUCGGGAGUUUGUACAGGAUUAACUUGUGGAAUUCAACAAUUCAAGUUUACGCAGUAAAUUUUGAGCGACCUCCAGAGCGCGGGCCCACCGAAAAUCCACUCAAAAGCGAUGCACCAAUGACGAAACUAGCAUGAACUGAUUCAAGACAUGAACGCUACAGUGCACGUGAACACCGACGGAACAUUUGUUAAUGAAUCCUCCUUGUUGCCAUCAUAUCAAACCACGGAGCUCCCAGACGCAACACCAUUUUACCAAGCCUUCAUGAUCUUCUCCCUCCUGCUCAUCACCACGCGGCUCCACCCCGUGCCCCUCCUCCGCGGCCUUACCAUCUACGUCUGCUUUCUCACCUUCCUCCUUAUCAACCAAGAGUCUAAAAACAAACAGUUACCCUGACCUCCCGAAUUUCCUCCACACCUCAAACGCCAUCAGUUAUCAUGUCCCGAAAGAAGAAGGACCCCUACAAAUGGCAAGAAUGUGGAUGCCCCAAGUCGGCGCUCAUCGGCGAAUUCAUUGUGGACACCAAACCGUUCUCCCGCACAUAAACACUUUCGACAAAGACGAGUGGACGAAGCACCACAUCUUUGACCGGGCAUCUCUAGUAACCGUCACAAAAGCAAUCCCCGAGACCCCACUAGCUCGAUGGAUCACCAGACGCUGCAACGAACAGCGGAUUUACGUCGCCAAUCCUCCGACUCGCUCCACUCCCGCACCGAAGCCAUGGCACAAUGCAAAACCCUCCAUGGACUGGACCUACCCCCCGGGAUGGCGCACCUGGGAGCCCAAAGACACCAACUUCAACUUCAACUCGGGGAAGACUAUGGAGGAAUACAACCAGAAUCUGAGCAAGUUCUUCGAGUACGUGAACAUCAAGGAUAAGUCGAAACAGGAGCAGAUGACGGACGGGGUAGAAGCAUGGCUGAUGGAGUGCGGGGAUGAUCGCAAGCUCAUCAGGGGGAGGCACCCUUACAAGAACAACCGGUGCUUUGUGACCAACGACCAGGCGUUGUUUUCGUAUCUCGUGACGGCGCGGGUCAAGUUGGAUCAUUUCCUCGAGGACUUGCAUCUGCCGAGGCGGAACAAGCAUUUCUGCCUCUUGGUGGACAUCAAGAUGGAUGCCAAGGUGACGCCCCAAGGCCACAGCUAUACCUCUAAUGCUUGACUAACAAAAGCAAGUGAGAGCAAGCGUCUGUGGAUUGAAGCACCGAGUGGCGUGGAUUUGUAAUCUCCUACUCCUUGCAAACGUUUUGUGGCUUCUAGAAAUGGUCUGAUCUGCGAGGUUCGAAUGUCGUCUCUGGAAGUGCCGAAGUGGAGAUUGCUGCAGGGUUGUAUGAGAUCUUCAAACGAUUCCCAUUUUAUUCGAGACUCGUUGCUCAGAUUUGGUAUGAUGGACCAUAAUGCGAAUGUGGUGACGAGUAUUUGAAACAGAGAGGAGGGACUGCUUCAAACCACAUCACCAGGUUUUUAGGGUAACUUCCAGAGGUGGAAGAAUGAAGAUGGAAAUAAUAUCCGUCAGAUUCGUUAGUGAAGUGCAGACAAAAGUUGAAUGGAAAAUUAAUACGUUCAGCGUUGUGGUUGUUUACGUUAUAGAGCUCAUGUGAUGGUGUUAAUGAUAGGAGGCAAUGGACACUGCAGUACUAUUCCAAAGAGUUUACAAAGUCUAUCUACAAGAAUAAUAAUAAUAAUAAUAAUAAUAAAUCAUAAAAUAAACAAAAAUUACAGAGGAAAAAAUCAUGCUUCUUUCUACAGAAACAUAUGUUCAGCAUCCAGCUAUUGAAGAGAACCCAAUCCCUGUCGAGGCUAACUGAACAACUUACACAUAUGCUCACUGUCAAUAAUCUCAAUCCAGUAGCCAUCAGGGUCUUUGAUGUAAGCUAGUCCUUUGAACCUUCCUGCAAUAACCCCACAAACAUGUUGAGAACUUCAACUCCAUGUAACAAAAAACUAUCACAUUGAGGAAGAACUACUACAAGCAUGAAAAGCCUUUGAGUGGAGCUGCUUUCCAUCAAAAGUAUGACCCAAACUCACAUGGACAAUAUUCAAUCUUAUUUCUCCUGAACACCACAAUUAGAAGAGAUUUCAGCUGAAAAGAAAAUUGACUAACCUUCAUCUGGUUUCUUUACAAACGAUAUUCCCAGCCUCUGGAGCCGUUAACAUCGGUAGACAUCGUCAACACUGAUUCCAAUAUGCCCUGAAAACUAUGACAUGAGCAUUUGAGCACCCUAACCGCCAAAGCACCCUUUCUUGUUCCACUUUCCUGUAGUAGACCAUGUGAAGUCCUCAUCUAUGACCAAGUUUUAGCAAAGUUACCAACACUAAAACCAAGUUAUAAAAUUCCAGAUUACAAAAUAUGCGACAUUCUUCACUGCGUUCAAGGAUGGUGUGAUGAGUAGAACAAUGACCCUCUAAAAUGAAAUCAUGAAUCUCAUGAGCAGUUUUCAGAAUCACGAUUAACGUAAUCAAUAACAUGAAAAAGCUGUCAGCACACCAAAGCCUUUGAAGUCUUGGUGAUAUCCUGUGUAGUCUGGAUCGUGUUCUGACCCCCAGUUGCUGCAGUACGUCACCAGAAGUUAAGAAAAGUCAAAAGUCGAGUGCCCAAAAUGAUGGGGUCCAGCUACAACGAGUUCAAAGAUAUAAACUUUUUGUAACAUAAAAUAAAAUAUAAACCAUUAAGUUACAGAUAAUAGGUGUGCAAUUAGACGAACAUAUGCUAACUGUGCAAGUUCUAAAGUAGCAUGGCAGUUGGAUAAGUAUGCAGUCCUCUCCAUCGGAUCGAGAAGAAUGGCAGCAGGAUCCUGAGACAAUGCAAUAAUGCAUCACAAAAGCUCAACUACUCGAGCAUUCGGUGACCAUGAACAGAAAAUUCAUCUCCACCCCGACACCUGAAAUAAAUGUGACUUCUCCCAUGAUGGCACCUAUCUUUAAAUCAAAAAUCGACACGAAGACAGUAGUUAAUUCUACCUUGACGUAUCCCAUGUAGUACAUGCUGAACUCAGCCAUAGGGAAAUCAACUCUUUUGAUCAGCCUACAUCAUUCAAUUAAAACUUCAAAAUGCACCAAUAGUUCACAGCUUGCCAGAAAAGUAUUAUCAUGGAACACCUCGUCCGGUAGGGAAAUAAAACAGGAUCAGGAAGGUAGAAAACAUUACGUCAUGCCCAAAACACUUGAGUAAAAGUAGAGGCUCUCCUUCGGGUCUCUGAUUCUGUACAUCUGGUUGUCAGGCACACCAAUGACACAGAUAGUAUGAGGUGUCCAUCGCUUCUGACAGAUAAUUCAUCGUUCAUUUAGUGGCUGAAUAAGACGGGCAUCGAUGUCACCUAAUUAACAAUGCAAAGAAGCCGAGGGAACUCACCGUUUGCUGCAGAGAAUAGCCUUUGGUGUAGUCAAUGUCAGGAGUGUCGCAAUAGCCUGGAUUUCGGGCUAUGGACUCUGCUAUCUCGCCCUUCGGUUCCAUAUCCAUCACUUAUUUUGGUAUCUUCUAGCUUCUAGAUUAUGGUGUCAUCAAACUCCACUUGAAAUCGUAUUACAUAUGCUUCCAGCCAUUUCAGUGUUUAUUGAUCCUUCUUUUCAUGCGCCAUUCUGUGGUCGACGAGGACUUCACCAUAUCUCAACAGAUGUUUCUCUUCACUGCCAUGAAAAAGGGCUCACCGUUCAUUGAAAGAUGUAUCCCUUUCAAUAAUCAUCAACACGAGAGGAAGAGAGAACAGUUCCCUUUUUCAUAAUCAACCAC